UGAUUUGCAAAAAACAAGAAAUAUAACCUGAUUUCCACAAUUAUUAUUUAAAAUUCCUGUUGAAGGCGAACAAAAGUGAACAGAAGUGGACGAUUGUUGCAAAGUUUGCAUUUUGGCAAUUUUAAAUCGCCUUGAAGGAUUUCGCGUUUUGUGUGGAAAUUCUGCCGUUGACGCGUUUUCGAAGCAGCAAAAGCAACAGAAGCAGCAGAAGAAGGAUGAACACUCUCAGAGACCAGCCCAGAGUUGUGAUAUUGCCCACUGGGGACGUGUUGGAUGACAGCAGGAAGAAGAUCAUCGUUCAAUUGCCCAGUCCCAGAAACUUUUCUCUCGCUGUGUUGCACUUGCUUGUUGGAGGUAUUUCCGGUGGUGUUUCUGGUGGCAAAGAGGCACUGGGAGCUUGUUUGUACGAGAUCAGGAAGAUCAGUGGUAGCAAUCCCCAUCUCAGCUCCAUCAACAGAGUGGAAACGAAAAACAGCAAGGCAGUCAAGUCGUUGUUGGUUGAGCACAGCAAAAAGAGUGGCGACAAUGGAUUGAUAUUGGAGGACCCACUGGUUUACAUUGCCACUCCCUGCAAUAUAGUGUAUCUUCUCAUAUCUUUCUUUGUCGUUGAUGCUAAAGAAGACGAUGGCAGCAGGAGAAACCGAGAACAGGCGAGGUAUUUGACGAUAGAAGAUAUACUUGAUUCACUUGAGGCAUUGAUUGGCAAAUUUAGUGAUAAAUGGAGCGAUAACUUCAAUUUGAUUCCCAAGUCAAUGAUAAUACAGAAAUUGGAUAAGAUCUGUGAUCAGAUAGCUGAGAAUGAACAAUCCUACUAUAAAUUUUCAAUAGUAAAGACAUUGAAAUAUCUACAGGCUAAAAUUGAAAAUUUUGUCGAGGUGAAUAAUUUCCCUGUUUCGAUCUUAAAUUCGAUAAUAUACAAGAAAUAUUAUUCAAAUAAGGGAGAAAACGAUGUAAAUGAGGAUUCAAAAGAAUAUGAAAAUGGUAUACCAAAUGAUAUUCUCAAUAUAAUCAAAACCAAGUAUGCAAUUAAUAUAUUUCAAGCUUAUUUGAAUAACAAACUUGUGGACCAGUUGAUCUCCAAAUACUAUGAAAAGGAUUUUGUUAAACUCGAUGAAUAUUCUCGACUUUUAGAACAAGAAAAAUCGAAAAAAUUAAUUGCACAAAAAAAUAUCAAUGAACUAAACGAUUCAUUAAGCAAUGACAUUAAAAGUUUUAAUAAAAAUAAUAAUAAAAAUAACAAUAAAGCUAAAACUACUAAAAAAACUGCUACAACGAAAAAAGUUCAAGUUGGUAAAGGAGCAUUGGAUUUUUUUUUCAAGAAGUGAUAAAUUAAUUCAUAAAUUCAUAUCUUAUAAUUUAUAUCAAUUUUUAUAAAUAUUUACAGAAAUUUCCCAUAAAAGUACAACUAUAAAGCAAUGAAAAAUAAAAUAAAAAACAAAG